AUGAACUCAACAAAAAACAUAAAUAGCAAAUUACAGAAAAAUUUACAAAGUAAAUCUUUUAAUAACACAAAAAAUAUAAAAACAUUUAGUGCACACAGAAUUAAACAGUUAGCCAAAGACAAAAAAUUAUUUGAUGAUGCAUUAUUAGAUUGUUAUGGAAGAUUCAUAGCUUUACUUCCAGAAUUUCUUUUAAAGGAUCAUGUACAUUUGUAUUUUCAGAUUCAAGAAGCAUAUUGGUGGUAUGAUGAUAUGUGGCAAGAUAAAUACCCAGAUAAAUUACCAAAAUUAAGUUUAAAAGCAUUUGGUUAUUUAAUAUGUGAUGAUUGUCCAAUUCUGAAAAAAUAUGUACCACCAUCAGCACAUGAACAAUUUUCAUUAAAUUGGAGAAGAUAUUGUAGAACAAUUCCAUUAAGAGGUGCUAUUCUUUUAAAUCACAAUUUAAAAAAAUGCCUAUUAGUAAAGGGAUGGAGUAAUGAUAGAUGGGCAUUUCCUAGAGGUAAAGUUGAUGAAUUAGAAGAAGAUUCUGUUUGUGCUUGUAGAGAAAUUUAUGAAGAAAUUGGAAUAGAUAUAUUUCCAUAUAUAGAUGAACAAGUAUAUAUUGAAACUCAUAUUGAAGAUCAACCAAUCAAAUUAUUUAUUAUUCCUGGUGUAAAAGAAGAUACAAAAUUUCAACCAAAAACAAGAAAAGAAAUUGGAGAUAUUCGUUGGUUUGAAAUAGAUAAAUUAACUGCAUAUCAAGAUUUAAAAGAAAAAGAUAAUUUAUUUGAAAAUAAAAAAGAACGUAUAAAUGCAUGGUUUGUUUUUCCUUUUAUUCCUAAUUUAAAAAAAUGGAUAAAUAUUCUAAAAAUGUCUGUUAAUGAAAACUUUUUAAAAGAAAAUUCAUAUGAAUCUAGUAGUAUUUUAGCAUAUAAAUAUCAAAUCACUGGAAUAGAUACUAAAGUUAUUAGAAGUCUUCAAUAUGCAGAUUAUGAAUCUAAGGAUAUUAUAAAAAUUAGUUCAUAUAAGAGUGAUGAUGAAAUAACUGAAAAAUCACUAAAAGAUAUUAGUAUUAUGAACAUAGAUGACAUAUCUUAUACAAAUAAUGAUAAAUAUGAUCAAGAUAAUAGCAUAAAUAUAAACAAAAUUACACAUAACAUGGAAAAUGAACCUAAUAAUAUUAAUAAUGAUGAAAAUAAUAAUAAUGUUUUUAGUAAUAUCUAUGAUAAUGAAAAUUCAAAUAUUAUAUCUAAUAAUAUUUAUAAUAAUAUUGUUAAUAAUAUUCUCGGAAAUGGAAGCAAAAGUUUGGCUAGUAUGAAUAAUAAUAAUGAAAAUGAAUUAAAAAAUAUAUGUGUAAAUAAUAUUAUUGAAAAUAAUAAUUAUAGAAUUAAUAACACAGAAAAAAAUAAUGUAAAUAUGUUUCAAAUUAGUAAUAAAUUUUAUGAUAACGAUUUGAAAAAUACUAGUGAAAACAAUAAUAAAAAUUGUGAAGAUUUUGCAGAAAGUAUGAAUAAUAGUUUGAAAGAAGACGGAUAUAAAAUGAAAAUCAAAAAUCUAUCGGAUAAAUCAUUUAUUAUUAAUGAGAAAAAAACUGAUAAUAUAGAAAACGUUUCUUUAAAUUUAAAUCUGUCGAAAGGGAAUGACACAAUAAAAAAUAAUUCAUUAUAUAAAUCAUCAGAAACUAAUUUAAAUAUAACAAAAAAUGAAAAUAAUUAUAAUAGUGAUAAUAUAAAUAAUAUUAAUAAUAAUAAGUUGAAUAAUUGUAAAAAUAUUAACAUCAAUUGUAACAGUAUUAAAAAUUAUAAUAAAGAUAUAUAUAUAUAUAAUAAUGGAAAUAAUAGUCAUAAAAAUGUUGGAAAAGAUAAUAACUAUCAAUCAGAUGAAAACAAUAACAUAAAAAAUAUAGAUAAAAAUGUAAAUCACAUAUCUAAUAAUUUAUUAUAUAAUUCAAAUAAAAACAUUAAUAAUAAGUCUUAUUAUGGAAAUAAUAAUCAUAUGUAUAAAACUUAUAAUGCAUUUACAAAAAAUGUUGAUUUCGACAUAUAUGAAAAAAGGUAUAGAUAUAAUUUUAAUAAAAUUAGAAUGGGGCAUUUAUCAGCUUUACGAUUAAAAGAAGUUGGUUUAAGAAGUUUUGAUGAUCAAGAUAUUGAUAAAAGAAAAAAUUUUCAAAUGCAUGUAUAUGGUAAUAAAUACAAAUUAUAUGAUAACAAAAAAGAUUUAUAUAAAUUUAAGCGGAAAAUAAAGAAAUAUGCAGGUUGUUCGCUAGACGAUUCAUCAGUUUAUUACGUACCUUCAAGAAAUACAACAUUAGAUGCUUGUAAUGACAAAACUUUUGGUGAAAAUCAUUCAAAUGGAUGGAGUGCUGAAGAUAUGUUUAAAUUAAAUGAAGAAAAAUUUGGUGUUCAUUCAACUUAUAACAUAGAAGAUUAUACCACUCCUUUAGUAUAUAAUGAAGAAAAUAUGAUUAAGUUUAAUAAAAAUGGAUUAAUUAGAAAUAACUAUAAUCUAAGUAAAAAUGUGAAUAACUUUUCUAAUAAAAUAAUUAACAUUUGUAAUAAUAAUGAAGAAAAAAAUUAUAUACGUUCAAAAACUGAUAAUUAUUCUUACAACAAUGAAAUAGGCAGUUUAUUACAUAAUACGAAGAAUAUUUUAUUGAAAAAUAAUAUACCAGAUGUAAAUAAAGCAAAUACUAAUAAUAUAAAAGAUAUGAGUGAAUUAAAUUAUUCUAAAAAUGAUUUUGAAAAUGUAAACAAAUGUACGAAUGAAAGUAAUAAUUUUAUUAUGAACAGUAUAAUGAAAAAUCAACAUAUGAAUUUCAAUAAAUUAAAUAAUAAAAAUGUUGAAGAUAAUAAAGAUAACACAAUUAACAAUAUAAAUAAUAAAAAAGAUAAUAAUAACAAAGUGAAUAGUAUUAAUAAUAAUAUGGGAAGUUAUACUUUAAAGGAAAAUAAGAAUACAAAUAAUUUAAAUAAUAAUUAUAAUAAAUUCAUUUUACAAAAUAACAAUAAUAUUUUUUGUAAUAGUAAUGAUAUAAAAGAUAGAGAGUUAGAAAAAAAUUGUAGUUUUUCUAAAAAAUUAGUAAGACAUGAUAUAACUGAUAAUAAUGAUCAGAAGGCUAAUAAAAAUGAAAUUGAUGUAAAUAAUUUCAUAAAAAAUAAAGAAAAAGAUGAUAAAAUAAGAAAUUUUAUAGAACAAAAUUCAAAAAGCAAUAACUAUUAUGAUAUAAGUUCUACCAUAAUGAAAAAAGAUAAUUUAAUAAAUCAAAAAAAUAAAUAUGAAAAUAAAAAAAAUUUCACAUCAACUGUCGAAGAUAGUAAAAAAUUAAACAGUGAAUUAAAAAUAAAUAAUUAUCAAAAUAUAUAUAAUGACUCAUUAAUCAGUGAUAAUCAAAAAAAUAAUUUAAAAAAAAUAUAUACAAAAACGAACAACACUUUAACGAAAAAAUUGGAUAAUUUCCAUUUAGAGAAAGAAAAAGAAGAUAAAGAAUUGAAAAUAAACACAUCAGGAAAAUAUUUAUUAGGAUUAAUUAAAGGAACAAAUAAAAAUGAAUCAGAAAAAAAAAUUUCACCAAGUAGUUCAGAUUAUAUAAAUAAAAAUAUGUUAUUAGAUAAAAAUUCCAAGUGUUACAGUGAAAAGGAAAUAUUAAGUAAAUUUUAUAAUUCCUCCCAAGAGGUAUCAAAAAAAAAGAAUAAUCCUAUGAAUAAUGAUAUGAAAAUUUUAAAUUAUAAGAUCCAUUUCAAUAAGAAUAAUUAUAAAAAUAAAAAUAAUAGUAGUAAUGAUGGAAAGAAAAUAGAAAAUAAUAAAAAUAAAGAUGAUGAAAGUAAAGCUCAUGAAUAUGAUGAUAAUAGUAUUAUGAAUAAUCAAUACUUUAAUGAAACAGCUAUGUUAGAAAAAUUAUCAAAGCACCUUAACAGUUAUAAUCCAUUUGAAUAA